GAUAAAGAGAGAGAGAGAGAGUUUCACCUACCGGCGAUUACUGCGUGUGGUUUUAAUUCCGCACUUCCACCAUAGCUUUUGUCGCCCAAAUCCAAAUUUCAACACCCAUUUACAGAAUCGGAGUCGUCUGUUUCCUGGGUUCUGCUUCCCCUUCUCUCUCUUGUAUGUCCACGAGAGACGAAUAGUCUCUUCCUUUUCCCCCCUUCUAUCUACCCGCAGUCGAGGUAGAGUGACAAAAACUUGCAAAUUGGUUUAGAAAGAUCGGGCUUUAAUUUGUAUGAGAGAGGCUACUGGUUCGGGGAUAAGUGAUGUUUCCACGAGCUUAGUACCCUCUCAUCAUACGAUAAACUUGUUGAUCUUGGUGAUGUCAUUGAUUUUUUGACAUUUAAGUGUUACUGGACGACGGUUUUGAUUAAAAUUGUACUAUGGGCUCUGUUUGUUGUUGUUUGCACGAGGACUGGGAAGAUUAUGCUAAUCCAAACAGUACAGUCUACAGGAAUUGUUUGUGUCUACAAUGCUUUCUGCAGAACUUCAUGCAUAUGUAUUCAUCAAUAUCAUCCCGAAGAGGGGAAGAACAUGCCAUGUCAUCGUCAUCUCAGGGGACAACCUCUUUAACUUCUCCAUCAUCGCUAGAUGAAUCCUUUGCAAAUUUGUACCAAAAUCCUCCAAGGCCCUUGCCAUAUGAUGUUGAUCCGAGAUAUUUUUGUCUGCAACGGGACAGACUUAUGGAGAAGGGCUCUAGUCAUACACAGGAGGAAACAGAACCAUUAAGGAGAGACAACAAUAGUGAUGCAGACUCUGGAUGCUUGAAUUCAGGAAACAAAUGGAAUGAGUGUACUACUUGUGAUGAAGAGGUAUCUAAAGAGUAUAGUUCAAGGAACUCAUUGAAGCUCAUGUCUGCUGCAAAGAUGGUGACAGGAUAUGCACAUAUUUAUUCCAAUUCUGAUGAUGAAGAUGUUUGUCCUACAUGUCUUGAAGAAUAUACAACAGAGAAUCCAAAGAUAGUUACAAAGUGUUCACAUCAUUUCCACCUUGGUUGCAUUUAUGAGUGGAUGGAAAGAAGUGAGAACUGUCCAGUUUGUGGAAAGGCGAUGGAGUUCGAUGAGACAGCAUGACCUUGCAAGAAAGGUGUGUUGUCGAUGAAGCGUGCUACAAUCUUGCAGUUUUUACCUAAAGGUGAAGAUGGUAAAAAAGGAAGAAAAUGCAACUGAAAAUUACAAGAAAAUGGGGGUGUUACAGAAACAGAUUAAAAUGUACAGUCUUUUGUGUAUAUAUAAC